AUGGCUUCAGUCCGGAAUGGCAGCAUAGUCGAAAGCAGCAAAUGCAGCAACAACGACACAGGACUCACCAACUUUGUCAACCUCAUCAUCUUCAUUGCCAGAUACUUCAUCCUCAUCAUCUUCAUUGCCAGAUACUUCACCCACAUCAUCUUCAUUGCCAGAUACUUCAUCCUCAUCAUCUUCAUUGUCAGAUACUUCACCCUCAUCAUCUUCAUUGCCAGAUACUUCACCCUCAUCAUCUUCAUUGCCAGAUACUCCACCCUCAUCAUCUUCAUUGCCAGAUACUUCACCCUCAUCAUCUUCAUUGCCAGAUACUCCACCCUCAUCAUCUUCAUUGUCAGAUACUUCACCCUCAUCAUCUUCAUUGCCAGAUACUUCACCCUCAUCAUCUUCAUUGCCAGAUACUUCACCCUCAUCAUCUUCAUUGCCAGAUACUUCACCCUCAUCAUCUUCAUUGCCAGAUACUUCACACUCAUCAUCUUCAUUGCCAGAUACUUCACACUCAUCAUUGCCAGAUACUUCACCCUCAUCAUCUUCAUUGCCAGAUACUUCACACUCAUCAUCUUCAUUGCCAAAUACUUCACCCUCAUCAUCUUCAUUGCCAGAUACUUCACCCUCAUCAUCUUCAUUGCCAAAUACUUCACCCUCAUCAUCUUCAUUGCAAAAUACUUCACCCUCAUCAUCUUCAUUGCCAGAUACUCCACCCUCAUCAUCUUCAUUGCCAGAUACUUCACCCUCAUCAUCUUCAUUGCCAGAUACUUCACACUCAUCAUCUUCAUUGCCAAAUACUUCACCCUCAUCAUCAUCAUUGCCAGAUACUUCAACCUCAUCAUCUUCAUUGCCAGAUACUUCAUCAUCUUCAUUGCCAGAUACUUCAUCCUCAUCAUCCUCAUUGCCAGAUACUUCACCCACAUCAUCUUCAUUGCCAGAUACUUCACACUCAUCAUUGCCAGAUACUUCACCCUCAUCAUCUUCAUUGCCAAAUACUUCACCCUCAUCAUCUUCAUUGCCAGAUACUUCACCCACAUCAUCUUCAUUGCCAGAUACUUCACCCACAUCAUCUUCAUUGCCAGAUACUUCACCCUCAUCAUCUUCAUUGCCAGAUACUUCACCCUCAUCAUCGUCAUUGCCAAAUACUUCACCCUCAUCAUCUUCAUUGCCAGAUACUUCAUCCUCAUCAUCCUCAUUGCCAGAUACUUCAUCCUCAUCAUCCUCAUUGCCAGAUACUUCACACUCAUCAUUGCCAGAUACUUCACCCUCAUCAUCUUCAUUGCUAGUUACUCUAUCUUCACAAACCUCAGCACCAUCAUCAUCUUCACAGUCAACAACCUGUCCAACAUCUUCAUCAUCAAUACCCUCAUUAUUAUCAGCACAUUCACAGCCUUCAUCACCAUCUUUAGCAACAUUACCAUCAUCAAUAUGGACGGCACCACACUCGCCAACUUUGUCAUCCUCAUCAUCUUCAUUGCCAAAUACCUCAUCAUCUUCAUUGCCAGAUACUUCAUUCUCACCAUCUUCAUGGCCAGAUACUUCCUCCUCAUCAUCUUCAUUGCCAGAUACUACAUCCUCAUCUUCUUCAUUGCCAGUUACUCUAUCUUUACAAACCUCAGCACCAUCAUCUUCCUUAGAGUCAACAACCUCUCCAACAUCUUCAUCAAUACCCUCAUUAUCAGUUUGUAAUACUUGCACUGAAAAUGAGACUUGCCAGAAGAGAGGUGGUGUCUAUGGCUGUUGUUGCUUGCAAGGACAAAGACCAAAUCCUGAAA